AACAUCAGUCACAGUCGGAAUUUGGAUGUAUACUGAAAGUAAGCGCUGCAAUUAGCAGUUAAAAUACGUAAAAUACAUACAGAGGUACUUUCCUAAAAGAGUCUCAAUCACAACUCCCUUUCAAUCUGGAUUACAUACAAACUUAAAACAGAAGCCAAAAAAUGAAACCUUUAUAUAAGCAAAUGGCCGGUUCAGAAGAGUUGAAGGGAGGCAGCCAUGAACCUAACCUUGGUUCUCUGCCUUCUUAUUUGCCUCUUGGAGAGCGCUGCUGCCCUCUCAAGGGCUGAUUUUCCCGAUGGUUUUACAUUUGGGACGGCUUCAUCAGCUUUUCAGUUUGAAGGAGCUGUGAAUGAGGGGAACAAGGGAGAUAGCAUAUGGGAUACACUUACAAGAAGACCAGGAAGGAUUUUAGACUUCAGCAACGCAAAGACGGCAGUUGAUCAGUACCACAGAUUUAAGACUGAUGUGGACUUGAUGAAGAAUAUGGGAAUGGAUGCAUACAGAUUCUCCAUCUCAUGGUCAAGGAUAUUCCCAAAUGGAACCGGAGAUAUCAAUCCAGAAGGAGUGGCAUAUUACAACAACCUAAUAGAUGCUUUACUUGAAAAAGGAAUACAACCAUUUGCGACCCUCUAUCACUGGGAUCUUCCACAAGCUCUGGAAAACAAAUAUCAUGGCUGGUUAAACGCUCAGAUAAUAAAAGACUAUGAGAAUUUUGCUUACACCUGCUUCAAAGCUUUCGGCGAUAGAGUAAAGCACUGGAUUACCUUUAAUGAACCCCAUGGGUUCUCAAUUCAAGGUUAUGACCUGGGCAUACAAGCUCCGGGGAGAUGUUCUCUGUUACAUCACUUUAUGUGCAGUAAGGGAGAUUCAUUAACUGAACCUUAUGUUGUUGCUCACAAUAUCCUUUUGUCCCAUGCUGCUGCUUAUCAUGCUUACAAGCUUCAUUUUAAGGAGAAGCAGGGUGGAGUUGUGGGAAUUGCUCUUGAUUCCAGAUGGUAUGAGCCAAUAUCUGAGGCUGAUGAAGACAUUGAAGCUGCUCGCAGGGCAAUGGACUUUGAACUAGGAUGGUUCUUAGAUCCCUUAAUAUAUGGGCGCUAUCCUUAUUCAAUGCAGAAACUUGUCGGAACCAGAUUACCUAAAUUUACAACCGAAAUGUCCAAUUUACUAACUGGUAGCUUAGAUUUUUUGGGAGUGAAUCAUUACACAUCUUCAUAUGUUCAGAAUGAUCGCAGCAAAGUAAGAAAAUUUUUACUGAAGGAUGCUUCUGCUGAUGCUGGUGUGAUAAGAACAUCAUUCAGGCAUGGAGAAGCCAUAGGUGAAAGGGCUGCAUCAAGUUGGUUGUAUAUAGUCCCUUGGGGUAUCCGCAAGUUGAUGAAUUAUAUUAAGGAAAAUUACAGGAAUACAACAAUUUUCAUUACAGAAAAUGGGGUGGACGAAAUAAACAGUCCAUUUAUUAGCUUGGAGAAGGCGUUGCAGGAUGAUAGAAGGAUAAGUUAUCAUGAGAACUAUCUUUCAAAUCUAAGUGCUGCAAUAAGGGAUGACGGCUGUGAUGUACGCGGUUACUUCGUGUGGUCAUUACUAGAUAACUGGGAGUGGAACUCAGGCUACACAGUUAGAUUUGGACUGUACUAUGUAGACUACAACAAUAAUCUUACAAGAAUACCAAAAGCCUCGGUGCAGUGGUUUAGAAAUGGUUUACAAAGAAAUAAUAUUUCUAGCUUAUAAGUUACAGGUCAAACAAAUUAAUUACAGCUUGUAAUACUAAAGAAAUUUUUUAUUUAUUUUAUAAAAUUUACCACCAUCUUAUGCCCAUACCAGAAGAAGAUUGUAAUCUUAAUAACCUAUGAAGCUAAUAAAAAUUCAAAAAAAUGACAAG